ACGCUUACUGGCAAGACUAUAACCAUAAAAGUCAAACCAGACCUUAUCAUUUAUCUGGUAAAACAAGCGAUUCAACUCAAAGAAGGUAUCCCACCAGAUCAACAGCGUUUGAUUUUUGCUGGCAUAAAGUUAGAACACUCUAGAACACUCUCAGAUUACAAAAUUCCAAAAGAAGUCGUUUUUCAUUUUGGUUUGAAUCUUCGCGGUGGUGGACAUAUAAUUGGUCAUUUGGGUAGCGACGUCUUGGACCCAAGUUAUGGUUAUGAUUUUACAAACAUUGAUGAUAAAGGAAAGCAAUAUUUUCGCGGAGGUGUUUUGUAUCAAAUGCCAUGCGGCUGGAAACGCAUUGCCUUAAAGGUUAUCGGAAAGUAUGACAAUGGGGAUGACAAGUGGCUCA